CGAUCGGUUUAAUGGUUAAUGACGGUGCUUUGUCUAUAUGUAUAUGCAUUUAUAUCACUGCUGUAAAUGGGACAUUGGGGUCCAAUAAAUGUACGACGGAACCGUUUCCAUCUGUCGCAUGGCGCACAGAUAUACGAUUCGAAAUAUUGGCAAUGCUGAUUUUAUGGGAGCCCCAACCAGAACUCAACCAGAACUAGAAACAAGACCGAAACCAUAACCAUGUUCUACAUAUACGACCUCGACUGCCAGCGACGCUAAUCGCUGUUUACAAUUGUAGAUUGGCCCGCAAUUUGCGUGAUAAGCCACAAUGUCUGUCCAUUUAGAUAUAUAUAAAUGGACACCAGAUUUACCCCAUUUAUCCAUUUGGCCAUGUUAUCCUUAGAUGUGGUCUGUUUUGUUCCAUGGGUUCUGUAACAUCGGAUUUAUAUCACCCAUCGCGACUUAUAGGUUCUUCGCUUUCAUUUUAUCGAGAAAAUGCAAUGGAUCCUGCUGGAAAUUUUGGCAAAAUCAAUGAUGUAUCUGUUUACUACUGACCCUGGUUGUUUAUCAAUCUAUUUUGGUCCGCGGAGCUGGACUAAUCUGCUAAAACCCCCAGCGAUCUGUUUGGCCAUGCAUUGGGCCCGGGAGUCCGGGCACUCCAAACGCUCGGGGGCAAUGGAUGAAGUGGUUCUAUGGGUGGGUAGGUGGAUGGUGGUUGGGCCAAAGUGGCGGGCUUAUCAACGGAUUGCGGUUCUCACGGUGGAUCUGGCGCGCUAUCAGUUAACAGUGGUGGUGACGAUGUCGUAAAGCCACCAGCGAAACGUAAACAAACGACGCCCACGGUCCGUGCCGAAGCCCAAUUGAAUCUGCAUCCGAUCCGAACCGAUCCGAACCGAGCCGAAGUCCUGGCCAAAAGUCGGACAGCUCCAGCUCCCACGGUUGCCAGAUAGCCAACCACUGGCGUCGCGUGCGCUUCGUUUUCCAUCGCGGCCCAUGGCAUUUACCAGCAGCUCAUCGCCCGCUUGGGAUUAUCGCAGCUCCCCGGCAGCGUUGGGUGUCGACCCGUUCCUGUGGCAGCGGCAGAAUGCCACGGAAACGCCAAAGGAAAUAAGUCUCCAGGCGACCAACUUGGGUGCCGGGCAUCUUCUGUGGCUCGCCAUCAAUGCCUUCUUGUUUGUCCUCAUCUUGGGCGGCAAUAUGCUGACCAUUGUGGCGGUGCGCACAUGUCGCCACCUGCGAUCGGUCAUCUCCAAUCUGUUCAUCCUGUCGCUGGCCGUCUCCGACUUCUGUGUGGGAUUGGCUCUGCCCUAUCACCUGGCCUUCUACAUGGGCUCGGAUAUUGGCGCCAUGAGAGCACCCUGCCUGCUACGCUUCUUUCUGCUCAUCUGCGCCUGCUGCGUGUCCAUGCUGACUCUAAUCUCCAUUGCGGUGGAUCGGUAUAUAGCAGUGGUCUAUGCCCUGCACUACAGAAGAUACAUGACCCGUCGAGUGGCGUAUGGCAUCAUCAUAUCCAACUGGUGCGUGGGUGCUUUGGUGGCCCUGCUGCCCGUUUUCUGGAAUCGAUGGCCGGAGGCGCAGGCGUGUGAAUUCGACGAAGUUCUCUCACCCGGUUACAUAGCCGGAGUGAUAACGCCGGGAUUUGUGAUCAUCUGGAUAUGCAUGUUCCUCGUCUACUGGCGCAUCAUGCGCGAAGCAUCCAAGCAGGCGCUGCGAUUGCGACAGUCGGUGGUCUACAACACGGACGAGGCCACCACAAUGCGGAGUCUGCUGCUGCAUCCGGACUGGAAAAGCGUCCAGAUCGUAGUAUUCAUCAUGGGCUGCUUCACGCUCUGUUGGCUACCGUACUUCUGUGUGGCCAUUGCCCAGCUAUUCAGCAUCUGCCGGAGCAGCUCGAUGAUCUACAAGACGACGUUUUCUCUGGCCAUUGCCAACUCUGCUCUCAAUCCCAUAAUUUAUUCGUGGAAGAACUCCGGCUUCCGGCGAGCCUUUGCCCAAACACUGUGCUGCCGACCAACGAGGCAGUGCGAUGAUCCGUUGCCGGCGGAUAGCAAGCACCGCAUGGAGGCCACAUCCUCAUCCACGGGCUACCAGCAGGAGAUCAAGCCGAAGGACACGCAGUGAUUAACGGCACGGAAAACACACCGCUCUGACUUGGUAGAAUCAAAUUGAGAUGAUAGCAAUAAAAGUGGACAUUAUCAUUA